AUGCCACAAGCUCGCACAGCCAACUCUCGAAAGCCACCCAAGGACUCGUCGCAGAAUCGCGAUGUCAAGCGGGAUAAAAGGAAUCCCGGUGCUGUGCCCCGUCGCAAAGACAAAGACUAUGAGCGGCCACAACGACAGCCAGCGCAGAAAACCCCGGCACAUUCAGACGAAACCAACAGAAACAAUAGGAACCAGAUCGAGAUUGCAGAGACGAUUCCAGUAUCUCUCCAGCAGUUACUGCUGAAUGUGUUCGGGGCUGCUUUGCUUACUUCUUCUCCUACCGGUAGCAGCGCUCCCACCUCUGCUCCAACAGAGACCGAACUGGAUAUCAAAUCGUUAAUUCAAACCAUCAAGUCGCAUUUGUAUAACCGGGAUUUUGACUCUGCGUUCACAGAUGCCGACGAGGGUUUGCUGCGUGCUUAUGCGCUGCGCUGGAGUGCUGCGCGGGCUUUGGGGUACGCGGGGCUGUUCAAGUCCUUGAUGAAAGGGAUUAUGGAUGAUCGUGCCAUGGGGAAGAACCAGAACCAGAACCAGAACCAGAACCAGAGCAAGAGCCAUGUUGUGUGUAUUGGUGGUGGUGCCGGAGCAGAGAUUGUUGCUCUAGCUGCUGCGUGGAGGGAUUUGAUGAAUGAAUCGGCACAGCACCAGAAACCGACGGAUUUAUUGGAUGCUGUUACCCAAGCUCCAGGAGCGAGCAAAGGAGAAGGAGAAGGAGAACCCCGCCGCUAUCCAGAUCUCUCAAUCACGGCCGUCGAUAUCGCAGACUGGUCUACGGUUGUGAACCGACUAUCCUCGACUAUCCUAUCGCCUAGAGUGCCGGGGUCAAAGGCCCACCGGGCCCCUUUACUCCCGGACACAACACGAGCAGAUGGAAACCCAGCUGGGUUCUCGGUGGAUUUCCAACGACUGGACGUUCUUUCUCUACCGGACGAGAAGCUGGGUGAACUCUUUUUUCACUUCAAUGCUGCGGACGCCGACAACAACCCCAACUCCCUCCCAACAUCCACCGUCAUGGUAACGCUAAUGUUCACGCUAAACGAACUCUUCUCAACAUCGAUGGCAAAGGCAACCUCGUUUUUACUGCGCACAACCGACCAUUUACGCCCGGGGACUCUGUUACUGGUUGUAGAUAGUCCUGGGAGCUACUCGACGUUGAAACUCGGAAAGACUCAGCAGGAGGGCGGUAGCGGUGUGCAAGAGAGACAAUACCCUAUGAAGUUUCUCCUAGAUCACACGCUUCUCUCAGUUGCGACGGGCAAGUGGGAAAGGCUUUUCUCGCAGGAUUCACGAUGGUGGAGGAGGGAUGCGGCGAAGUUGUGGUACGAUGUUGGGGAAGGGGCAGGUUUGGAGGAUAUGAGGUUCCAGAUUCAUGUUUAUAGGAGAUUAUAGUGGUAUAUUUAAU